AAAGGAUGACCAGCCCCCGUCGACAGCUGUGCUGGCGCAAUGUUUUUGUGACUUUCGCAUUCUGUACCCGGUACCAUGGCGUCUGGCGAGGAGGACGGAACUGUUGAGGAGAAAGAAACCAACAACAAGAAGCGGACGAAAGGCGCCAUCGCAACGGCAUGGCUUACGUUCUACAAUAUCGCCAUGACAGCUGGGUGGCUCGUACUGGCUGUUGCCAUGGUCCGGUAUUACCUUCAGAAAAGCACCCAUAAAGGCUUGUACAAAAAUAUAGCCAGGACACUUAAAUUUUUCCAGACAUUUGCACUACUAGAGGUUGGACACUGUGCUAUUGGAAUUGUGCGGACAUCUGUAAUUGUGACUGGGGUCCAAGUAUGCUCUCGGAUAUUCAUGGUUUGGUUUGUUACAAACAGCAUCAGACAGAUUCAGAACGAGGAGAGUGUGAUAUUGUUCGUAGUAGUUUGGACGAUUACAGAGAUCACUCGCUACUCUUUCUACACUUUCAACUUGCUCAAUCAUCUGCCAUACUUCAUCAAGUGGGCCAGGUAUAACCUGUUUAUUGUCAUGUACCCCUUGGGAGUAAUUGGAGAACUGCUGACCAUACAUGCCGCCUUACCGUAUGUGCGGAGAUCUGGCAUGUAUUCCCUGAGGCUCCCCAACAAAUACAAUGUGUCCUUUGACUAUUACUACUUCUUGAUCAUCGUCAUGCUGUCCUACAUCCCAUUGUUUCCUCAGCUGUUCUUCCACAUGCUGCGUCAGAGGAGGAGAGUACUUCAUGGAGAAAUCGUAGUAGAGAAAGAUGAGUAGAAAGAAACCACUAACAAAACCCCAGGUAGUCAUCAGUUAUUUAAGAAAAAAUCUGCAUUGGUUUAUGGUCAAAAUAAGAAGCUGAAAACAUUAAAUACAAAUCAAUUCUACAGUUGUUAGCACUUUACAAUAAGGUGUCAUUAAUGUAUUAACUAACACGAACAAACAACGAACAAUACAUUUAUUACACUACUUAUUAAUCUUAAUCUUAAUAAUAAUAUUAAUAAUAUUAAUAAUGUUAAUAUUAGUUAAUAAAAAUACAAUCCUUCAUUGUUUCUUCAUGUUAGUUUACCGUGCAUUAACUAAUGUUAACAAACACAACUUGUAAUUUUAAUAAUUCAUUAGUAGAUGCUGAAAAUAGCAUUAACUAAAAUUAAUAAAUGAUCUAGAAGUAUUAUUCAUUCUUACUUCAUGUUAACUAAUGUAGUUAACUAGAGUUAACUAACCUUAUUGUAAAGUGUGCCCCUACAAUUAUUAGUUACAGAAUAUAUUCUCAGUAGAAUCUUUCCUAAGGUUCACCACCCUUCCAGCUGUGUUUAACUUCACAAAGAUGGAAUGACUAAAAUCAUCAAAGGAGAUUUGAACCAUUGGACACCCCAGCAUUAUAGGUAAUCAUAGAUUCACACCCAAUGGUGAGAUGGGUCUGGACUGGAUUAACUCAUUGAUAUUACUAUAUUUUACCUUCUCCAUCUGAAGACAGCAAAAUUGCUAGCCAUGGAGAGACCUUAACUGAUGAAAAGACUGACAAAACAAAGUAUAAACUGUAUUUAGUUUUUUCUCCACACAUUUUCAUUCACAACAAAUAGGUAUAAGCAGAAAAAAAAUAAUAUAAAUGCAUUAUAAUAAAUCUUCAAAGGAGAAUCUGUUUCGUUUUUGUGAAAUCUACUGUGGUGACAAUAUCUAGAUAUCAUAUCAAUGUGCUUAUGUUUAACAAGCUAGGUUUUAAAAAUCAAAAUAUGAGAACUAUGUUUUUAAAAUUUAUACUAACACCAUAUUCUAACAAGGUGCGAUGUGAUAAAGCAACGAGUGAUACAAGCUCACCCAUGUAAAAAAAUUUUGUCCAAACCAGCUGAGACAGUGAAAAGCAACUGAAAAUUCUGUACAUUGAUUGGUUUCUAGUUUUGGGAUGAUCCUCCCUCUCUGGAUGCCACCCACCCAUCUUGCUCCCUAUAUAUAUGACUUUGUCAUGCAAAAGUUUCACAGAAGUUUGGACAUAAAAUUACUUGCUUUGUUGGGAUAUUUUUUUACAUUUCAUUAUGCACUACAAUUACCUUUGUUGCUUCAGUGUUUACAAUCCAAACUAGAGUAAAUAAACUGGAAAAAAUGUUUGUACAGGUAGCACUAUAGAAAUCAAGCAGCACAUCUUAGAAUCAUCUUCGACUAGUUAGCUAAAACCUUAGCUAUCUGACCUGUGUUGUUUUUUUUUGUUUUGUUUUUUUUGUAAUAAACUUGUUCACAUGCUUUCUUUUUGAGUAGAUUCUCUCUCUACGGUGCUACAAUAUUUAAUUCUUCUGUGCAGCUGAGUAGAGAAAAGGACAGGAUUUGGAGUGAGAAGUGGAGAAACUGACAUCAUUAAAUAGAAUUGUGAAGUUUUCAGACAAAUGUUUUCAUGUUAUUUAAUUUAAUACCUGGUAACUGAACUGAAUGUCUUGAGGAGACAAAAAAAAAAAAAAUGAAAGAAACAAUAAAAA